UGGAGAAAAGGCCUACUUGCCAGACAUCACAGGAGACGUCGCAAGAACAAUAGCUGCAUUUCUGUGGGAUGCCAGUUUUUGUUCUAUUAAACUGCGAUUGGACGACUGCCGUGAUAUAUGACAGUGUGCCGCAGAUGACUUCGAAUAUGCGGGUUCUAAGAGGGAAUGAGUUCGACCACUGUGGGUGCGAGGCUGUGUGUCAUAUUCCGUACAUGGUGCUGGGCAAUGUACAUCGUCAACGCCAACCAGAAACUGGAAGGAGAGUGGGCCCCAAAUGGAGCCAAUAUCAAGGAGGCUGGAAGCAGCAAUUGCGAUCACAAUCUCAGAAAGAUUCGGUGGCUGAGCGAUACUCUCGAGCGCGUAAAUGUUCAGAGCCAAGGCUGUGAAACCCUUCCCUAUGAGCAAAUCUGCAAGGCCUUGCUCACCGGGGACCACCUUGAAGGACUGCGCGAUGUCUUCAUCCAUCGUUUGAGCUUGCACGGCAUGCACGCCAUGGUCAACAUGGUCAAGAAAGUGCUGGUGUCCCGAGCUCCCUUUAUGACACGCACGGCCAAAGUUGCAGAGGGCGAGACAUGGCUGCGUACCCGUGUUCAGAAGUCGAAUUAUUACAACACUAACAAAGCGAAUCGUGUGCUGCAGACCUGGAUCAAGCAUCGUCCUAAGACAUCUGAUGGCAAGGCCAUGCUCACACUUGUGCUCAUGCUAUCAAGUUAUCUUGGCAAAUACCGCAGAGGCGUUCAAAUCGUCGCCAUGAAUUUCCUCUACGAGUUGAGGAGUUCGAACACAUCUUUGCAGAGAAAGAGUAGUGAGUGAAGGAUGAUAAAUCGCCGGGUGACUGUGAAGAUCGCUCGGAUCGGGAUUUGGGAGGCAUGAGUACAAUAUGAGCUUUGCCAUGCAGAUCUUGCGGUGUGCAUCAGUCUGAUGUUUUACAUGCCCAGUC